AUGUUUACUAUAUUUCAACUAUCAGUGCUUCAACUAGUAGGUCUGGCACUGGUAUGCAAUUGUGAACAGUUAGUAGAAGUCACUAAUAAUAAAAUACCGGUGCUAGAUAAAAAUAAUACACUACUGAAAUGGGUGAAAAAACAACAAUGGGAACAUUGGCCAACGGCCAGCUGGGAAACUAAUCAGUGGCCGCAGGCCCAGUGGAACACCAGCCAAUUGCCGCCUGCCCACUGGAACAUUAGCCAAUGGCCGGCACCCGGUCAAUGGGCACCAGGACCAGCGGCACCGCGUCCUACGGCUAUUCAAUGGUGGCCACCAGUAGGAACAACUGGAACGGCAGCAAUUGUUAGCCAACGACCAACAAUUCAAUGGCCAGUAUCGUCCACACAGAAACCGUCAUCAUCAUCGGGCAAUAACUGGCCGCCGCCGACUGCCACUAUGCCAUCAGCGCGACCCACACCUCCGCGUCUAACAACCACAACAACAUCAGCAGCAGCUAUACCACCAACUGGCGGCUCUGUUACCGAUGCAAACGACAUAACUGUCAAGUCGUGCGGCUUAAGUCAUAUACCGCAGGUCCUGAUCGGCAACAAAAUUGUAAUGGGAAAGGUAGCCAAAGGCGGCGAGUUUCCCUGGCAAGUCAUGUUAAGGAUACAGACGGCUCGGGGACCCAUGCAAUGUGGCGGCGCUAUACUAAACUCUAGGUGGGUGCUAACGGCAGCACACUGUGUGAGCAAUGAACGUAACGGUCAGCCGACUGCAAUGCGUGUGGACAUAACAGCCGGUAUGACCAAUCGUAAAUUGUCGUCGCAUGAUAGGCAAACAAAAACGGCCGACUGUGUUAUACAACAUGAGGGCUGGUCGGGCCAGUACGGCCGAUUCAAGCACGAUAUUGCACUGUUACGUUUGCCAUCGAACGGUUCGUUUGAUAUCAACUACGAAAGAGGUGGCCAUAUUAAUGGCGUAUGUUUGCCGCCGCACGAAAUGCCCGACUAUGCGGGUAAGGGUCGAAUAGCCGGCUGGGGACUGACCAAAGAUCGGGGAACUCCAUCCGAUAUGCUCAUGUAUACCGACGUAUCGAUUAUCAAUCACGACAAAUGCCGGCAAUAUCCCUAUCCGGUUCCCAUAUCGGAAGGUAUGCUCUGUCAGGGUGUCGACCGGACGGCACCGUGUCAGGGCGACAGUGGCGGACCAUUGAUCAUAUCGAUGGGCGACAAACGUGGUGUCCAGCGUAUGACCGAAAUCGGUAUCGUAUCGUUCGGACCGGGAGAGUGUGCCAAUGCCAAGACACCCAACGCUGUCUAUACUAAAGUCAGUCAUUAUCAGCGAUGGAUAGAGAAGACCAUCCGAUCAAAUACCGGUGCCACUAAAUGUAAGACACAACAGCUUAAAUUGGACGGUGAGUAUUAA